UUGUCCGUGUCGGGAGCUUGCUUGCUCGAUCCAACCGCUUGUGGUUGUCCGUCGAAUUCUACGACAGAAACUUGCAAAAGGCUGUGGUGAUGGCAGACCAAGCGGAACUUGUUUUCGUUAGAACGUUUAUAAAGACCAUCGCAAACCACCCAGUCACAUUUCCCGACGACUACCAGCAGCCCCUUCAGGACUGGCCAAAGAAAGUGCCCAUCCUGCCAGUAGUUGCCUCCAUUGAUAUUACGUUCAAGUCAUUGAAACCACCGCAGUCCUUUACGCUGUCUGUGCAGCCCACUGACUCUAUCUCCGGUAUCAAAUCGCAGCUGGCAUCCCAGCCACGUGCGCCACGUGCAGACGCACAACGCCUUUUACUCAAAGGAAAGGCACUUGCAGAUAAUAAGCUCCUCAAGGAGUACAACGUAAAGGACGGGGAUACUAUAAAUCUGAUGGUCAAACCAGGCUUUGAUUGGGAUCCUUCCACGGCACCUUUCCCGUCGUCGGAACCUGAGACAAAAUCCUUGUUAGAACCGGACAUGAAAUCAUCAUUAUCCUCAGAUUCUCUACCGAAGCUCAGUACAGGUUUUAGGCAUACACGCACUCCGUCCAUCGUCCUCUCCCCGUCGCCGUCUGUGAUAUCCUUGGAACCUGAGGGCAAACCACAAGACAUCAACCUCACGUUGGAUACCUCUUCUAUACCGACGGCUUCGCUGUCCCCCGCAACUCAGUCGUCAUAUCAAGCAACUAUCUGCGAACCUGAAUUUUGGGAAAACCUCCUUUCAUUCUUGAGGCAGUUUAACAACGAUAAUGACGCAUUGGUCGCAUUCGAGAACUUCCUUUGCGCAAGCAAGGGUGCGAUGUCCAAGGCUAGCGACAUCGCAAGGAUUCGGGACUAUGUUGGGGUAUCUGGAAUGGCCGGCACGUAAAGAAGUGGCCUGAGGGUUUCUACCAAUGUGUUUAGUCACCACAUUCACGCAAAGGGAUCACAUGGGAAAAAUGUACUGUAAUCCAAGCUGUCAUCGCAUCGUCAUCGUCAUCUACGAUAAAAAGGGGCA